AUGGACGGAGCUGCAGCUAAGGGACGUUUGAAGAUAGUGCAAUGGCUACACCACAACAGAAAGGAAGGCGGCAGUACAGCAGCUAUGGACGUUGCAGCCAAAAAUGGCAAUCUCCAAGUCGUCAAAUGGCUUCAUGAGAAUCGCACGGAAGGAUGCACCACUAAGGCUAUGGACAACGCAAAGACCUUCGAGAUCAUGAGAUGGCUACAUGAUAACCGAACGGAAGGAUGUACCAGUGCGGCGAUGAACCGCGCAGCUUCUGAUGGUGAUUUUGACCGCGUCUUGUUCCUGUACUCGCAAUACACCGAAGGGUGCACUGAAGACGCCUUUGACAAUACGCGCAAAAUGGGGCUCUACGCAUUCAUGCGCGAGUCUUCGUUCGAACGCCCUUCGGACAACAUCAACGAUUGGCUGAACGUAGUAGCAUGCAUUCCCCCUUCACUUGCAGUUUAUAAAUGGUCUACUGACACCAAACAGAACUUUGCGACACCCUGUCUUCGUCACCUGCACUCCCACCGAAAACUUGCGGGGCUUUCAGAGAAGUAUCGGAAGCAUCAAUGA